GCGAUUUAUUUUACUCAGACCUAAACCAAAUCUCGGCUGUUUGUUCGUUUGCCUCUGCAGCUCAUUUCUCCAAGAUCACCUUCGAGUUUUCGGUUCUUCUAAUACUUCAACUAGAUGUCACAACGAGGUGUUUGGCAGCUUCGGAAGCUAACAGUGAGCUACUGUAACUGGGGUGGAAGUAGCAAGGGAAUUAGGGCAUUUAUGGAAUCUCAUUUGCAAACAUUUAAAGAAAGUAAUCCUCAGCUGGAGGUGGUUGCUGAGCUUAAUCGUGGUCAACAUCCGUUUUUGAAGGGAUCAUACAAGAACAAGAAUGAGCGUGUUGUAUCUGUUAUGAACAUGACUCCAGAAGACGUACUGCUUUGUGCAACCAGGCUUAGGAAUUCAUUGGGAAGAAAGGUGGUGAAGCUGAAGACUAGACAUGUCACCAAACACCCCAGCGUCCAAGGAACAUGGACCACAGAUUUGCAGAUCUGAAGAACAAGAAGAAUGGCUUUGGUGAACUUUUUUUCCUAGUGUUUAGAAGAUAUGUUGGUUCAUUUCUUUUUACAUGUAUUAAACAUGCGAUGGAAUUCCGUUUCUCCUAAGGGACGACCAAGAUAUGCAGUUGAUUCUUGGCAAUUUGGCAUGCAUGUUCUGUAUACAAAGAAACCAGAUUUAAUUAUCUUUAUAAAUGCCUCCUGUUCUGGGGACUA